CAGCUGCAGCCAGCGAGCUCGCGGCAUGUGGACCAGGACUAGGGGGUGCGUCCGUUUGACCAGCAUCGAUUUUAACGAAGCUAGUCGACAGUCGGGGUCAAGUCUUUAGCACUGUGACAGUAUUUUGAUGACGGCUCCCCUGGACAGCGAGGGAGAGAAUGAGAAUAGUGGAUUUUGUUUCUACUUGUAGGUACAGCGCAGUAGAAGAAGGGAAGUCACCCCAAAAGAUUUUGACAUGAAGAAGGACAUAGACACUUUGAUAGCAGAGGAACGUGCUGAAAUCAUCUCUAAAUAUGACAAGGGCAGGCAGGAGGGUGUCAACAUUGACCCAUGGGAGGAUGCUGACUACAGCAUCUAUAAGGUCACUGACCGCUUCGGCUUCCUGCAUGAGGAAGAGCUGCCAACACCCAGUGCGCUUGAAGAAAAGCAAAAACAUCAGGAGAUAGAGCGAGUGGAGAAAUGGCUAAAAAUGGUGAAGAAGUGGGACAAGUACAAGAACAGUGAAAAACUGGUGAAGCGUGUGUAUAAAGGCAUCCCUCUGCAGCUGAGAGGCCAGGCCUGGGCUUUGCUUUUGGACAUAGAGAAAGUCAAAAAAGAUAAUGACGGAAAAUAUGAGAGAAUGAAGCAGCAGGCUCGCAACUUCUCUACAGAGAUCAAACAGAUAGAUUUAGACGUCAACAGAACAUUCAGGAACCACAUCAUGUUCAUGGACCGAUUUGGAGUCAAGCAGCAGGCACUGUUUCACGUACUAGCAGCUUACUCUGUCUACAACACGGAGGUGAGCUACUGCCAGGGGAUGAGUCAGAUCGCCGCCAUCUUGCUCAUGUACCUGAAUGAGGAAGAUGCCUUCUGGGCUCUAUCCCAGCUCCUCACCAACAGCAAGCAUGCCAUGCACGGGUUCUUCAUACCGGGUUUUCCCAAGCUACAUCGUUUCCAGGCUCAUCAUGAGUUGAUCCUUUCCAAAAUGCUACCAAAGCUGAAGAAACACAUGGACAAGGAGCAGAUGACAACAGGGAUUUACACCACCAAAUGGUUUCUGCAGUGCUUCAUUGACAGAACCCCUUUCACCCUCACCCUGCGUUUAUGGGACAUCUACAUAUUGGAGGGAGAGAAGAUGCUAACCGCCAUGGCUUAUACAACCCUCAAGUUACACAAGAAGCGCCUGCAGAAGCUCCCAUUGGAGGACCUGAGGGAGUUUCUCCAAGAGCAGACAGCUGUUUCUUUCUUCCUGCCUGAUGAUGUGGUGGUUGAACAGUUACAGGCUGCUAUGUCUGAGCUACGCAGUAAAAAGCUGGACCAACCUCCUCCAGCCAAGUCAGAGGAACUGCCGAAGAAACCUCUGGGUCAAGAGAGACCAGUUCUCCUUCUGCCUCUGCAGCCUGACUCUCCUGUGGAGGUCAAAGUAAAUCUACAGCCCCAAAGUCAACCCAAUACAGAGGUCCAGCAGACAGACAGCAUCACCCUACACCAGACCCCUUCUCCUGCAGAGCCCCAGCACUUGAGAACACCUCCUCUGCCUUCACCUGACCCAGUUGUCGUCCACACUCAAAGGACACCUUCUCCUUUAAGGGCAUGCAGACCACCUCCAUUACCUCCAAAGGCAGAAAAAUCCUGUGCUGAGGUCAGGUUGGACAGAGAAGUGAAGCUUCCAGAGAUAAUCCAGGUGGAAGAUGUGGCAAAACAGGAGAGUCAGCCUGCAGACUCCGAGACCCGGGAAGAAGAGCCAGUGGAUUGGCCUCCACCCUAUGAGCCCAGUGAUUUGGAAGCUCUCACUGAACAGGCUGAGGACAUCACAAACCUUCCAGAUCUGCCACCUCCACCUUUCUUUUACACUGAGCAGGACGACCAAAUGUCUCUGGGCAGUGAGUCACCCUCCCAUGGAAUCCAGCGGCGCUCUCCAUCCCCCCGCUCAGCCUCACCACUGGUCACUAAAAUUAAGCUAGCUCCAAAACCAUGCCUAAAACCACCCACGUCUCUUGACCUCACUAAGAAAAUACCUCCUCCCUUUAAGCCUUCCCCUCCCCGUGCCUUCACCACAUCCUCCUCCUCCUCUCCCAGACCUCCACCAAAGCCAACCAAGUUCCCGGUUUCUCUCUACGUCCCGGUGCACGCAGGAGACAGACGGCCCUCAAACACCUCCCAGUAUGACAACCUUUCCGAGGCUGAUGACGAUGACCGCUACCUGGACAGGCAUCUGGGCUCCACCCCUGAGGAAAUUCCCAUCAUGCACGGCAACCCCCCACAUACCGGUGACAUAGACUAUGACCCUACUCUCUUCCCUGUGCCACCACCUCCUAUGUUCAUCCCUCCGUCACCUUCUAUUGUUCCCCCCUCACUGUGCGCUCUGCCCAGUUUGCCUCAGGAGCCAGAAUAUGAAGAAGAGGACAGCUGGGUGGAGGACUCCAUCAUCCCGCCUCCUCCAGCUAGUUUUGCUGACAGACUCAGUCCCUACCAGUGCAGUGCUGCCAGCUGUUCAGAGACACACAGAGCCACCUCACCCGGUUACUCUAAGCCUUUCUCUAGGGGCCCCAGGGACCAUUCCGCUUUUCCAGCACCACUUUUGUACACCGGGUCUCCCCCAGGCCACUCCAGGCCCUCAGGACAGUCCGCAAUAGGGGUCCCCAUGGUUCGAUCCAGCCCAGACUUUUGCAGGAUGCCUCCAGGUGGACAGCAACUGCCCAAAUCAGUGACCUUUUGAAGUUUCCAAGAAUUUACUGAUUCUGCCAAGAUGAUUCAGAUUCUUUGGCAAUGCUUGAUUAGAUUUCAAAGCCAUUUAAAAGGCAAAAGGCCAGUAGCUAUUCAGUGUGUCUAAGGUUUUUUGUGUGCGUGUGUGUGAAAGGAGUUUUUUUAUUGAUAUGUACAGAUCUAUGUGAGACUUGCACCUUUUUUGGAAGGGCAGUUAACUUUUCUGUGUCAAACUUGUAUUUAAAACUGCUGUCAGUGUUACUGUUUGCUGCACAAAAAGCGAGUAUAUUAACUCGCCUGCUUUUGUUGGUGCGUUCGACCAGAUUUGGUCUUCAGUUCGAUGGAGGGCAAUGAAACAAUUUACACAGAAA